UAUUAUUAUUUAUCGAAUAGUGAUUGUAUAUCAGGAGUACCUAUCACCCCUAGCCUAGACAGUACUUGUCAGUAGAUUAAAUAAUGAAGGAUCGUCAAGGAGAUACGUCCUCAAAUAAAUGUGUAAAUGUAUGUACAUUUUUCACGUUUAUUAUUGUGGUAACAACAUUCGGGACGUUCUCGAUUCUUCAGUGGAAGGAAAUCAUCAAACUUAAUGAAAGAAUUACCCGGCUUGAGUUUGGUAGACUUGUAACUGUCCAAAAACGGAACCAGGAUAACUUGACGCCGUCAGAAAACAAUUUCAACGAUGUAUAUGAAAAGUUGAUGAAAGAAAUCUCCGAGAAACAGAAAGAUCUAUUGAGAAAUUAUUGUUCAAAUUCUUCAAAGAUAUGCUUACCAGGUGCUAUUGGUCCAAAAGGAGAAAAGGGCUCAAAGGGAGAUCCAGGUUCCUCUGGUGGAUGUGGUUCUAAACACAGAAUCGUUCGACGAGAUUUACAAGGUUUAUUUGGAACACAAUUUAAUGACGUUGCAGACACUUGUUGCAAUCACCUUGCUAAACCUAUGUUGACGGGACCAGCAGUUGUUGUAGUACCGGCAAAUAAAGGUGGCGAUGUUAUACUUCCUUGUAAACCGACUGGUUUACCACCAGCACAGAUAACCUGGUCACCUGCCCUUGACCCUAAGCACCAAGGGCGUUACAUACAAACAGUAGACGGGUUACUAAUUAGAUCAACGGAGUUUACAGAUUCUACUACUUUUACCUGUCAGGCUACAAAUAUCUUUGGAACAGUAAAUAAAAAAUUCAACCUCAUUGUGACCGAUCCAAUUAAGAUCAACAUAAACCCGUCACAAUCUCAGUUGAAUGCAAACCAAAAAGAAGAUCUAACCUGUAGCUUUUCUGGUGUUCCUCCACCAACAGUGAAAUGGUAUCACGUGACAUAUAACGGCCUAAGGGAAGUAAUAACUUCCGGUGUCACAACUGGAGCUCAGCAAAGUGUUUUACAUCUUGACAGUGUUGGCGCUUUGUCCGCUGGGCAGUAUAUAUGUGAGGUUGCAAACGGUUUCGAGAACAAAUCAGUAACAUCAAGUCUUAAUGUUAUAUCAAAACCUGUAAUCAUCGGUGGACCAAAUAACCAUUUAGUUAACAUUGGUACAACAUUAACACUUUAUUGUGACAAUAUCGCCAACCCUCCCGCUAGUGUGUCAUGGAAUUUCCCUAAGACAGGAAGUAUACCCCCUAAAACAGCACGAAUUAAUUCUGAUGGUUCCGUUACUUUGUUUCACGUGGAUUCAUUUAGUGAAGGAGAUUACACGUGCACUGCAACAAACAGUGUCGGCUCAACUACAGCAUCUGGCAGGUUAAGUAUAAAUGUGCCUUUUACUGUCACUGCAAGUCCACACAACAGACCAUUAGUCUCUGGUGAAUCGUUUCUACAACUUACAUGUGACUCUUCCGGUGGUGGGCAGACACAAUUCUCCUGGUCUAAAACAUACAGUCCUCCUUUAUCGGGUAAUCCUGGGAAAUAUCUGCUUGUUGGUGAUGGUUUGAUUGUAACAAGCGUUGAUUUAGCUACCGACACUGGUGUCUAUGUCUGCAAUGGUACAAAUGGAAAUAAACAAGGAUCAGACAAAGUAGUAUUGUAUAAAGAUAUGGGACAACUAAACUGCAGUACUACGUUUAAUGAUUGUGGUGUAGGGAUCAGUGGAGCCUGUGGUGGCACGUGUCCUGGAAGCUGUACAUCCGGGAACAUUUAUGGUUACUUCAGAUAUACAUUGAGUUCAUUAGUGUGUCUGGCGGGAAAACAUGCUGGAGCUGGAAAUAACAACAAAGUAAUCUGGACCGUAGAGCCAACAACUGAUACAUUUGAAGCUAAAUUAAGUAAUGGAAUUCAGAGUCAAUCAUUCGGUUUAGAUAUACAAGAGGCAGUAUUCUGGACCCAACAACAAACAGGAGUUCCAUCGCCGCUUGGAUAGCAGUUGUGAAACAAAUUAAACCAAUAAAAAGAUUGAAAAAAAAA